AUGCUAUCUGUUCAGUCUAUCAUCGCCCUAUUGGCCCUGGCGAGCGGAGGUUGCGCAGUGGCUUCCUCUAGCUCCGCCGCUGCUGGUCCUACUGGCUUGUCGUAUCCUUCGGGGUUUGAUAUGAAAAGCAGCUGGGCCAAUAUCAGUCCUUACGCAGAUGCCUUGGAAUUCAAUGUCUCCAAGGGCUUCCCUUCAGAAUGUGAAUUGUCACAGGUGCAUGUGCUUCACCGCCAUGCCCAGCGGUAUCCAACGCAAUGGCUACUGGAUGGCGGAGCAAUGCAGACAUUUGCUCAGAAGAUAGCCAACUACACAAAGAAGCACCCGUCGAAGAAGAUUGGUACUGGCCCUCUUGAAUUUUUGAAUGAGUGGGAGUAUUUGCUUGGCUCGAACACCCUGCUUCCCACCGGCGCCGCCACCGAAGCAACUUCCGGCGCGCUGUUCUGGAGCCAGUACGGCCGACUACUUUACCGAGCAGGAGGCGGUGAUGCCUCCUGGAAUAAAACACUCAAUGUGUAUUCCAAUGGCACAUCACGACCAAAACCCACUUUCCGGACGACAUCGUACCCUCGCAUCUUGGAGAGUGCUCGGUGGUGGCUAAGCGGGUUCUUUGGCAAUACUGGAGCCAAUAGCUCAUAUACGGAAUACAACUUGGUUAUCAUCCCCGAGGUUGAUGAUUUCAACAACACCCUAUCAUCGACUGAUUCCUGUCCUCAAGGCAUAGAUCCGGGGGACAAUGCCGGCGAGGAGUUUGCCCCAACUCUUGUUCAGAAUGCCCACAAACGCUUUGCCGCACACUUGCCAAAGGACCUAAAGCUUGACACUUUUGACAUUGUCGCCAUGUUCAACAUGUGCCCGUACGAGUAUGCGACUUUCGGUCAAUCUUCGUUCUGUGCGCUCUUCACCGAACAGGAAUGGCGUGACUUCGAAUACUACACCGACCUCCAAUUCUAUGGCAGUUACGGAUUCGGAUCUCCGAGCGGUCGUGCCCAAGGAAUUGGGUAUGUCCAAGAACUGGCUGCCCGGUUGCAGUCGAGAUUGGUCAUGAGCAGUGACAGCAGCAUUAAUUACACAUACGACGACAAUACCAAGACCUUCCCGCUCAAUCAGCCAAUGUACAUGGAUAUGUCCCAUGACGAUGUCAUUAUCUCUGUGUUGACAGCUCUGGGUCUGAAUUACUUCAAGUAUAGUUCUCAUGGCAUGCCUACAUCAGUCUCGCACGCCCCACGACGGAACUUCAACCUGAAUCAAAUGACUCCCUUCGGCGCCCGCUUGUUUUCUGAAGUCUGGACCUGCCCGAAGGACAUCUCAUUUAAACAUCUCCAACCGCAAAAGUACAAGAACCCUGACUUGUCGUCCGAGACUAAUACUACGGACUAUAUUCGCUUUGUUCUGAACAAUGCACCAUUGCCCGUUGAUGGGUUGACUGCCUGUGAUGGUUCAGUGAAUGGUUUCUGCCCAGUCGACAAAUUCCUUAGCGCCCUUCCUGAACUGAACAAGCAGGCUAUGUACCAGGAGGCAUGCUUUGGUGAUUACAACAUUACCAGCCAGGUUGGUAACGGACAGCCUCGAAAGCCUUGA